UUGAAGCCUCUGGCUGAGACGUUUCCAGAGAAUCAGCCGGUCCGGUCCGGAGGGAGGUUCCGCGGGAUAAAAGCCGCCGCUGCCUGCAGAUCGGCUCUGAUUCGCUUCCUGGAGAAACUCUGAAGACUCACGAUGGCCCAGUGGCAGGAGCUGCUAAAGCUGGACUCGGCGCUGCAGAACCAGGUCCGGCAGUUGUACGAGGGCCGGUUCCCCACAGAGAUCCGGAACCAGCUGAGCCACUGGAUCGAGAGCCAGGACUGGAGUUCUGCGGCUGUGAACGAGAACGCGGCGGCUGCGUGUUUCUACGCUCUGCUGCAGCAGCUGGAGGAGCAGUGGCGCCGCUCGGUCCAGGAGAACGCCAUCCUGCAGGGGCCCGACUUCCCCAGGAUGAGGGCCUUCAUGGUGGAGAACUUCCAGGCUCAGCCGCUGAACCUGGCCGCCAUUUUGUCUGAAUGUCUGAAGGAGGAGAAACAGCUCCUGGAAUCGGUUACCAUGACGACGGGCGGCAGCGAUGGCGUCGUGGCACCGCAGUGGACGGAGCUGGACAACCAAGUGACGCAGCUGAAGCUGCAGGUUCUGGAACUGAAGAAGGAGGUGAAAAUCCUGGAGGAUCAGAGCGAAAAACUCGACUUCAUCCAGAACUCGUGGCAAAGCAAAGUGGAGCAAAACGUGGAACUGGUCCAGUCCAAGGCCCUGGUGGAGCAGGAGUGUCUGAGGAUGGCCCGGUCCAUCUCCCAAACCAAACAGGUUGUGCUGCAGCGGCUGGUCAGGGUUCUGAACGAGGCGGCCGGUUCGGUCCAGACUCUGACCGGAGCCGAGCUUCCUCAGUGGCGGCGGCGGCAGCAGCGAUCCUGCAUCGGCAGCCCAGAGGACGCCGGCCUGGACCUGCUGGAGAAAUGGUUCACGGCAGUGGCCGAGGUUCUGAUCGGUGUCGGUGAACAGCUGCAGCGGCUGCAGGUCCAGAUCCAGAGGUUCCCCGCCCCGGACUUCCCGGGCCUCACCAACUCCGUGGCAGAAAUGGAGAAGUUCAGCCGCAGUCUGAUCCGGAACCUGCUGACCAGCGCCCUGGUGGUGGAGAAGCAGCCCGUCAUGCAGAACCUUCCUCACCGGCCGCUGAUCCUGAAGACCGGCGUUCGCUUCAAGGUCACCGUGAGGUUUUUGGUAAACCUUCCAGCUUUUAAGACUUUCAUCAAAGUCAAACCUGUUUUUGACAAAGACGUUGAGGAAAUGAAGACGAUCAGCAGUUUUCGUCAGUUCGAUUUCUCGCGUGACGACUCCAAGGUUCUGGACGUCGAUCUGUCCAGCGGCGCCCUGACGGCGGCGUUCGAGCACAUGUCACUCAAAGAAAAAAAGGCCAGAGUUAAAGGUUCCUGUGAGAACCAGCUGACCGUCACAGAGGAGCUUCACAUCAUCCGCUUCGUCACGCAGCUGCAGCACAACGGGGAGACCUUCCACAUCCAGGCCAGCUCCCUGCCGCUGGUGGUCAUCUCCAGCUCCAACCAGGUUCCCAGUGCCUGGGCCGCCAUCAUGUGGUCCAAUAUGGCGUCCGGCGCCGACUCGGAGAACCUGUCGCUGUUUCUGGACCCGCCGGGCCUGACCUGGGAGCAGCUGGCGCCGCUCCUCAGCUGGCAGUUCCUGUCGGUCGGGCAGCGGCCACUGGACCAGGACCAGCUGUCCAUGCUGCAGGCCAAGAUCAUGGAUGAUCCUGAUGGUCCGAUUGACUGGAACAAGUUUUCCAAGGAUGAGAGCGUCUGGAUCUGGAUCGAUGGGAUUCUGGACCUGAUCAAGAAGUUUGUGUGGGAGCUGUGGAGGGACGGAUGCAUCAUGGGAUUUGUUAGCAAGGAGAGAACGCGCUCCCUGCUGCGGGAGAAACCGGUCGGGACGUUUCUGAUCCGAUUCAGUGAGAGCAUCCUGGACGGCGCCAUCACCUUCAGCUGGGUGGAGCAGUCCGCCGGAGAGAAACGCAUCCACGCCGUGGAGCCGUACACCAAGAAGGAGCUGUCGGUUCUGUCUCUGCCCAACGCCAUCUACAGCUACACCCUGACCACUUCGGGGCGGAGCCACAACCCGCUGGUCUACCUCUACCCCGACACCCCCAAAGACGCCGCCUUCGCACGCUACAGAGCAGCAGAUCCGUCUCCUCCCAGCAUGGACAAACAGGGCUACGUCUCCAAGAAGAUCGUUUUGGUCUCCAUUGACCCCACGCCGCCGCCGUCUCCGCCUCUGUCUCCGUCUCUGUCCACAGACAUGGACAUGGACCCCGAGCACACCUUGGACGACAUUUUCAAGGAUUUAUUCCAGCCUGACCCGUCGCACGACACCAAUCAGUUCAUCAAUCAGUUCAUUAAUCAGUUAAUCAAUCAGUGAUCAGAAAAGGUUCAUGAACAUCACCUGGUUUAUUAUGUACAUAGUAAAAAUAAAAAAUGCAAGUUUGUCUUAAAGGGGAAAUCUUUCCUCCAGGGUUUCAGGCUGAAAUAUAAAUACACUUUCCAGUUUUUACCUCAUUGCAUUUUAUUAAAAAUGCUUUAAUAAAGCUGUAAAUAUCCAAACAUAACAGAACAGAAUUUAUGUAUUGUCACUGUACAAUAAGAUUAUAGUAAACUCCAACAGUGAAAGUGAUCAACACAUGGUGAUUGUGAAAACCUUGCAUUUUAUUCGCUGUUUUUAUGGGCAUAAGAUUAAAGGGGCCAAUCUGUUUCCAUAGAAACAAAUUUAUUACUUUUAUCAGACACAAUUUAUGCU